AUGCAUCGCACGCCGUCGCCCCCUCGCCGGGUGCACACGCCGCCCGCGCCCCUUCACGGUGACAGCUGGGAGCCUUUCUCGCCGCGCCGCUCCAGCAGAGUCGCAGCACAACGCGGUCUUCACCUCGAGCAAACAGACCCGGCGCGCACCCCACGGACCAGGCGCGACGUAACGCCCACGGCCUCGUCAAGGAAAUCAAUUGCUCGCACCUCCCACCUCACACUUUCACCACCAUCCUCGCCCACCUCCCCGCCCAAACACCGCACACCCCGCUCGACGCGACGCAGCCUCUUCCCUGCAGCAGACGCACUCGAUUCCGACUCCGACCACCCUCCACUCACGUCAGGACGCCGCUUCCUGGCAUCAAUGGCCCCAGGCAUGCUUCCCACUCCGGCUAAGACGCCCCGCAAGCGCGCGCUACACUCGGAGGAGGCGCUCCAGCCCACCGCGCGCGUUCUGUUCCCAAGUCGCCCAGCUACCAUUGACGAGGUGACUCCACGAAAGGCGCGUAGGACCAUCAAGAAUGCCUAUUCUCUGGAAAGCUUCGAGCAGGGUCGUGUAUCGUCUGAGAAGAUUGAGAUCUUCACCGACUCGAAAGAGCGCGUUCCCACCGCCGACGAGGACGAGGAGAAUCCUUUUGUCACGAAAAAGCGCAAGGGAAAGGCAAAGGCAAGAGCAACCCCGCAGAAGACUCGCAGGGCCAAUGCGAGAACUGUGGAGAUGGAGGAAGCCGUAGACCGCGAGGAGGGCAUGGUCUACCUUUUCCGGGGAAGGAAAGUCUUCCGCAAGUUCCACGACGGCCCACCAUCAGAUGCACCUACUGAGGAGGACGUUCAAGCUUCUGGAGACGAUCUUCAACUGCUCCGCCAAGCCGGUCAUGAAGCGCGUCGACCGUUGACUCGCUCGUCAAUCAAGCCCAAGCUGCUCUUCCAGGAGGAGAUCAAGCAGAAGAAGCUUGAGAACGGCGAGGUCUCUGACGAGGAGGAAGAUGAAGAGGCACCCACCGACAUCGAAGCGCACAUUGCCACUCCAAGUCGCAAGAAGGGCAAGACGGUCAUGCACAUCGCAGCCUCGCUGCAAGAAGCAACGCCGCCCCCAACCGUGCGCAAGCCCAAGCGAGAAAUCUCAUUCGACUCGUGGAUGCGCGUCAAGUCCUCCCAUAGCUCUGGCAGCUCUUCGCGCGGAGCCAAGCGCAGCGGCUCACCGUUGGUGCGCGAGGUGGACAAGAAGGCUCGCAGUGAGCACUCCGCCUCCUCCCUGUCUACUGACAGCAUCUAA